ACCCGGAGUUCCCGAGGCCUGGCAGCCGGGAAAAACACACCCAGCGUGGUUUUUAAUAUUAACUUUUGCGUGCUGAGACGCGGUAGGUGAGCAGGACGAACUGAAAAGCCGGACAUAUUCUGUGCGGGACCCGCUGGAGAGCGAGCAGUACGACUGACUCCAUGAAAGAUGUCAGAGGAGGUGAUUGUGAUCGCCAAGUGGGACUACUCGGCACAGCAGGACCAGGAACUUGACAUCCGCAAGAACGAGCGCCUUUGGCUCCUGGAUGACUCGAAAACAUGGUGGCGGGUUCGUAAUGCAGCCAACCAGACAGGCUACGUUCCCUCAAACUAUGUUGAGCGCAAGAACAGUCUGAAAAAGGGCUCUCUGGUAAAAAACCUCAAAGAUACUCUAGGUCUGGGAAAGACGAAGAGAAAGCCGAGCAGCGAUGCAGAGUGCUCGUCGAACGGUGUGGGUGCAGGUGCCGAACGUAUCUACGAACUCCACGUGGCCGCGGUCGCCAAGUUUGCGUACACGGCAGAGCGUGACGAUGAGCUGAGCCUGGCCAAGGGUGCGCGCUUGGUGGUGCUGGAGAAGUGCAGCGACGGCUGGUGGCGGGGGCGCUGCAACGACGGUCGUGUCGGCUGGUUCCCCUCCAACUACGUUCAGGAGGAGGAAGAUUAUGAGGAGGAGGAAGAUGAGGCUGGUAUCGGUGAGGGUCAGUGCCCACGGGCACUGCACAAGGUACAGACACUCUACCCGUUCAGUUCGGCCACAGAGGAGGAGCUGAAUUUCGAUAAAGGAGAAAUCAUGGAUGUGAUUGAAAAGCCCGAGAACGAUCCCGAAUGGUGGAAGUGUAAGAACAGUCGAGGUCAAGUGGGCCUCGUGCCGAAAAACUAUGUGACUCUGCUGAAUGAUGGUGCAGCACGAGAGAGCGGAGCCACUGCUGGCAUGUAUACAUUACAGCACACCGGCCCCGCCCAUACAGGCAUGUUUGCUGGAAGGGAAUGGUACUAUGGCAGCGUGACACGACACCAGGCUGAAGGUGCACUAAACGAGAGAGGGGCUGAGGGAGACUUCCUGGUGCGAGACAGCGAGUCCUCUCCGAGCGAUUUUUCAAUCUCCCUAAAGGCAUCAGGAAAGAACAAGCACUUCAAGGUGCAGUCCUGUGAGGGCGUCUACUGCAUCGGACAGCGGCGCUUCAACACUAUGGACGAGCUCGUCGAGCACUACAAGAAAGCACCCAUCUUCACCAGCGAGCACGGAGACAGGCUCUACCUGGUCAAACCCCUCCAGUGACUUUUCAGCCAAAAAUCUGCCUUUAGAACCCAAACAGACCUCAUACUGAGCCAAGCCUUUGUUUUUUUUUUGUUUUUUUUCCGUUUCUUGCCUGGUGGUUUCUCACCAGUAGCGGCAUGCCAACAGCAGAGUGCCAGUACAAAGCAGACGGAUAGCGACAGUUUUACUUUUUUUUUUAGAUUUGUUGUUCUUUUCUGUUCUUGUGUUUGUUCUCUCUGUACUGUAUGGGAAUAUGAAUAUUUUUAUUUAGAUGAGAGAAAGGAGCUUGUGCUUACUUGAUCUAGACAGAUUUUAUCAGAGAGACAUUGCAGAAUUUUAAUUUCAUUUUUUUAAGUAUUGCAAUGCAAUUUGACGGUACAAUCUGAAUAUAUCUGAGCCUUGGUUCCCCACCUGUGUGGCACAGGUGUAGUGGUGGGACGCCCUGUGUUUCCAAACAGAAACAAACUGGUGAUGCACAGGUACUGGCUGCUCUCUGCUGGAUGCACACAUGGACAAGCACACGGGAGGCUGUUUAUGAGGUGAAUGUCAGAUGCUCAACCAAAUGUGCCACGCUCAAGUACAUCAACGCAGAUAUAACCCACGAUCACUACUAUCCAGAUUAUUAUGGACACUGAUAAACUAGAUAUGCGAGCUUAUUCUGUUUACGUCCACAUACUGUACCUUUUAUUUUUACCGCCUUUUAAAAGUAUUUGUCUAAGUGUUAGCACAUUUUUAUUUAAAUUUACUUUUCAGCGCUAUGUCUAUUUAAACCAGUGUGUCAGGUAUGUAUAUGAGGAAUUUACUAAGCACUGUACCGGUGAUCAUUGUGUUGGGAGUUGA